UAGUAAGUAUCAUAAAUCGCUAUAGUGGCGGGAGAUGUCAUGCGUGCUGUCUAGAGGUAAACAAACAACUUGAUCAGAGUAUUGCAUGAACAACAAUAGUGAACCUUGUUGUUGAUUGUGGAUAAUAUCUCCAUUAGUAGCUAGUUUAACUUGCCAACUAUACGGACCAAAGCGGGGAGAGAGUUUGUUAUUAUGAGCAGGCUUCGAUCAGCGAUGCAGAAGAGGAAGAGAGUUGCGCUGGACAAAACCGAGUCGACGUCAGCAAAACCAUUGCGGAAAAGAGCAAAAGCAACUGUGAAACAAGAGCCCGAUGAGACUGCAGCGUCUACAUACCAUUCAUUCCAUGAUCCUGCUGACAUUACACUCUUCAGGACACACAUCCUGUACUGGUAUGACCAGGGGAAGAGAGAGUUACCCUGGAGAACUGUGGCCCUGACAGAACCGGACAUCAAUAUCAGGACAUAUGCAGUUUGGGUCUCAGAAAUCAUGUUACAGCAGACCCAGGUUGCCACUGUGAUCGACUACUACAAUAAGUGGAUGAAGAGGUGGCCAACAGUACAGGAUCUUGCAGCAGCUACGUUGGAGGAAGUCAAUCAGAUGUGGGCUGGGCUUGGGUACUACUCCCGGGGAAAGAGACUUCAGGAAGGAGCUCAGAAGGUGGUAGCAGAGCUGGGGGGAGAGAUGCCCAGGACGGUUGAGGCUCUGCUGAAGCAGCUGCCUGGAGUGGGCCGCUACACCGCCGCAGCUGUAGGCUCCAUCGCGCUGGGCCAGGUGACGGGAGCUGUUGAUGGAAAUGUGAUCCGGGUCCUGUGUCGGGUGCGGGCUAUAGGGGCCGACACUACAAGCCCAGCAGUGACUGAAGCUCUAUGGAGCAUCGCCAACACGUUGGUGUCCCAAGAGAGACCAGGGGACUUUAACCAGGCCAUGAUGGAGCUGGGGGCGAGGGUGUGCACCCCUAAAGGCCCCCAGUGCACCCAGUGUCCCAUACAGACUCUCUGCCACUCCUACAGGAAGGUUAGCGUCAAACGAGAGGAGAACUCAACAAAGCUUCUGGGUAAAUUGAACAAGGUACCUGCAUCUCUGCCAGAUAUAGAGGAUUGUGUGACAGCAGGAACAUGUAACCUGUGCCCCACGGAACCCUGGGACAGCCAACUGGGCGUUCUGAACUUCCCCAGGAAGCCGGUGAAGAAAGCUCCUCGUGUGGAGCGCACACUCACCUGUGUGGUGGCUCGGCCAGGAGCAGGAGGAGAUAGGGAGUACCUGCUCACCCAAAGGCCGAGCAAAGGACUUUUGGCUGGUAUGUGGGAGUUCCCUAGCCUGCUCCUGGAGGGGGAGAAUUCUGAGAUGAAACAGAGGGUGGCGCUGUGUGCUGGGGUGGGGAGAAUGUUGGGAGUUCGGCUGGACAAGGGGCUGCUCCAGUAUGUGGGGGAGGUGGUUCAUAUCUUCUCCCACAUCCACCAGACUUAUGUUGUGUACAGCCUGUGUAUGAAUGUCUCUGGAGAGGGAGGGAAAGCCCAGAGUACUACACGGUGGCUCACUAGACCUUCCCUGCAGGAAGCUGCUGUAUCCACUGGAGUGAAGAAGAUCAUGAAGCUGUACGACACUACGGAGGAUCAAGAGGGACAAACUACCAAGAAGAAGGCUACUAACGCUAAGAGUGACGGACACCACAAGUCUAAAAAGCUCAAAGACAAUUCAACAAACAGCGGGACCAGACAGCUUUCACUCAGUUCCUUCUUCAAGAGCCCAAAACAAGAAACUUGAUCAAUUUAUACUUACAAUGAAUAACAAUGUCGUUUUUUUUUUUUUUUAAAGCUGAUCAAGUACCAAUACAAGGACUACUACUGUGUCUUGCUGUCUGGAUAACUGCCACAAGUGGUCUAGGCGUUUAUUCCAUGACUGGAAUACUUUUUAAGAGCACAAAGUGUGUCAUUAUUGAGUUGAAUGCUGAACACAAUUUAAAAAUUAACAAAUUGCAACGGUGGCCUCCUUUACAGUUGAAGUCGGAAGUUUAAAUACACCUCAGCCAAAUACAUUUAAACUCAGUUUUUAACAAUUUCUGACAUUUAAUCCUAGUAAAAAUUCCCUGUCUUAGGUCAGUUAGGGUCACCACUUUAUUUUAAGAAAGUGAAAUGUCAGAAUAAUAAUAGAGAAUUACUUACUUCAGCUUUUAUUUCAUUCAUCACAUUCCCAGUAGGUCAGAAGUUUACAUACACUCAAUUAGUAUUUGGUAGCAUUGCCUUUAAAUAGUUUACCUUGGGUCAAGAGUUUCGGGUAGCCUUCCACAAGCUUCCCACAAUAAGUUGGGUGAAUUUUGGCCCAUUCCUCCUGACAGAGCUGGUGUAACUGAGUCAGGUUUGUUGGCUUCCUUGCUCGUACACGCUUUUUCAGUUCUGCCCACAAAUGUUCUAUAGGUUUGAGGUCAGGGCUUUGUGAUGGCCACUCCAAUACCUUGCCUUUGUUGUCCUUAAGCCAUUUUGCCACAACUUUGAAAGUAUGCUUGGGGUCAUUGUCCAUUUGGAAGACCCAUUUGCGACCAAGCUUUAACUUCCUGACUGAUGUCUUGAGAUGUUGCUUCACUAUAUCCACAUAAUUUCCCCCCCUCAUGAUGCCAUCUAUUUUGUGAAGUACACAAGUCCCUCCUGCAGCAAAGCACCCCCACAACAUGAUGCUGCCACCCCCGUGCUUCCCGGAUGGGAUGGUGUUCUUCGGCUUGCAAGGCUCCCCCUUUUUCCUCCAAACAUAACAAUGGUCAUUAUGGCCAAACAGUUCUAUUUUUCUUUCAUCAGACCAGAGGACAUUUCUCCAAAAAGUACGAUCUUUGUCCCCAUGUGCAGUUGCAAACCGUAGUCUGGCUUUUUAUGGCCGCUGAGCGGCCUUUAAUGUUAUGUCGAUAUAGGACUUCUUUUACUGUGGCUAUAGAUACUUUUGUACCUGUUUCCUCCAGCAUAUUCACAAGGUCCUUUGCUGUUGUUCUCGGAUUGAUUUGCACUUUUCGCACUAAAGUACGUUCAUCUCUAGGAGACAUAACCCGUCUUCUUCCUGAGCGGUAUGACGGCUGCGUGGUCCCAUGGUGUUUAUACUUGCGCACUAUUGUUUGUACAGAUGAACGUGGUACUUUCAGGCGUUUGGAAAUUGCUCCCAAGGAUGAACCAGACUUGUGGAGGUCUACAAUUUUUUUUCUUCUGAGGUCUUGGUUGAUUUCUUUUGAUUUCCUCAUGAUGUCAUGCAAAGAAGCACUGAGUUUGAAGGUUGGCCUUGAAAUACAUCCACAGGUACACCUCCAAUUGACUAAAAUUAUGUCAAUUAGCCUAUCAGAAGCUUCUAAAGCUAAGACAUCAUUUUCUGGAAUAUUCUAAGCUGUUUAAAGGCACAGCGAACUUAGUGUAUGUAAACUUCUGACCCACUGGAAUUGUGAUACAGUGAAAUAAUCUGUCUGUAAACAAUUUGUUGGAAAAAUGACUUGUGUCCUGCACAAAGUAGAUGUCCUAACCGACUUCCCAAAACUAUAAUUCGUUAACAAGAAAUUUGUGGAGUGGUUGAAAAAUAAGUUUUAAUGACUCCAACCUAAGUGUAUGUAAACUUCUGACUUCAACUGUAUGUUGCAUAAAAUAUGCUUGGUUCAUUUAACCUCUAUCAUAUGAUAUAUUUAGGUGAUAAUGCACGAGAAGCUGAUGUUGGGAGGUGGGUCAAUAUCACAAAACCAUACCAUUUGGACCAUGCAAAAUGUAACAUUUUUAUUCCUUUUAUGGAAAUAUUAGACUUGUAGAAAAACAUGUUGGCCAAGCUCCAGCACUUAGAUCAUUAUAAACACAUUUUCAGUGAAUCAGCCAUAUGAUAAGUCCACCCUGUUAUGGAUAUGCACUUAACUGUCUUUAAUUACUUUCAUUGGACU